GGGCGAGUGGAAGAUGUCGUAUGCCGACGGAUGUAAUCUUGGCAGAGAAUUCCCUCUUCUCCCUGGGCAUACAUGGUGAAACUCCCAUGGGAUCAGAGCGUAUGGAGAUGCGAAAGCGUCAGAUGUCGGUGCAGCAGGAGUCGAUGGCGGGUGGCACGGCACCGACCCAGCAGGACCCUAACCAGAGCCAGAACCAGGGGAACCAGAACCAGGGGAAUCAGAGCCAGGUGAACCAGAGAGGGAACAACGCCUGUUGCUUCUGCUGGUGCUGCUGCUGUAGCUGUUCCUGGAACGAGGAGCGUGAGGAGAGGAACCGGCGGGCGUCCUACGACCUCAAGGCUGAGGGAACGGCCGACUGCGAGGACAGCCCCCCUCCCACUCUGGAGGAGGUCCGUUCCUGGGCCCAGUCGUUUGACCGACUGAUGUCGUGCGCUGCUGGCCGAGUGGCGUUUAGGUUGUUCCUGUGUACAGAGUUCAGUGAGGAGAACAUGUUGUUCUGGCUGGCUUGUGAUGAGUUCACCAAGGAAACUAACAAGACCUCCAUUGAGGAGAAGGCACGAAUCAUCUACGAGGACUACAUCUCCAUCCUCUCACCCAAAGAGGUGAGUCUGGACUCCCGUGUUCGGGAGGUGAUCAACAAGAACAUGUUGGAGCCGUCGUCCCAGACCUUCGUUGAUGCUCAGGUGCAGAUCUACACACUGAUGCAAAGAGACUCCUACCCCCGAUACAUGAACUCCCCCGCCUACAAGAACCUGCUCAACUCCCUCUCAGAGCAGGCCCCUGAGUCCUAACUCAGCACUCUCAGAGUAGGUCUCCGAGUCCUAAGUCAACACUCUUUGUUCUAGAGUCUUAGAUGACAACAAACCUGGGAUCGUCUCUCUUUUCUCAUUUCCAUUUGGUUUGAAUGUUAGUGAAGAGAAGGGGUGGCCAACCUUCCUCCUGGAGAGCUAUUACGUGUGCUAUAACUGUCUGCACACCCAGUAGCUCUCUAGGAGUGUAGAGGAUGUGAAGCGGGCCUCUGACCUGAAUGAGCCCUGUCCCCAUGACCUGGCUCCGCGCUACAGAGACGUCACCUGACUAAAGACACUCAGGGUUCUACUGUCCGAGAAGUCGCCUAGGGCUCUACUAUUCUGAAGACUCUAUUCUACUGGGCUCAGCUACUCUGAGGGUGAGGGCUCUACUCUCCCGAGGACUCUACUCCCCAAGGGCUCUAUUCCACCUAGGUCUCUACUGUCCAGAGGGUUCUACUCCACCUAGGGCUCUACUGUCCUAAGGGUUCUACUCCACCUAGGGCUCUACUGUCCUAAGGGUUCUACUCCACCUAGGGCUCUACUGUCCUGAGGGUUCUACUCCACCUAGGGCUCGACUAUCCUGAGGGUUCUACUCUUCUGAAGGCUGUACUCCCCUGAGGGUGAGGGUUCUACUCCACCUAGGGCUCUACUGUCCCAGCUCUCUAUUCCACAGCGGCUCUACUCCCUUAAGGCUCCAUUCCCCCCAGGGCUCUACUCCCUUAAGGCUCCAUUCCCCCCAGGGCUCUACUCCCUUAAGGCUCCAUUCCCCCCAGGGCUCUACUCCCUUACGGCUCCAUUCCCCCCAGGGCUCUACUCCCUUAAGGCUCCAUUCCCCCCAGGGCUCUACUCCCUUAAGGCUCCAUUCCCCCCAGGGCUCUACUCCCUUACUCCCUUAGGGUUCUACUCUUCUGAAGGCUGUACUCCCCUGAGGGUGAGGGUUCUACUCCACCUAGGGCUCUACUGUCCCAGCUCUCUAUUCCACAGCGGCUCUACUCCCUUAAGGCUCCAUUCCCCCCAGGGCUCUACUCCCUUAAGGCUCCAUUCCCCCCAGGGCUCUACUCCCUUAAGGCUCCAUUCCCCCCAGGGCUCUACUCCCUUACGGCUCCAUUCCCCCCAGGGCUCUACUCCCUUAAGGCUCCAUUCCCCCCAGGGCUCUACUCCCUUAAGGCUCCAUUCCCCCCAGGGCUCUACUCCCUUAAGGCUCCAUUCCCCCCAGGGCUCUACUCCCUUAAGGCUCCAUUCCCCCCAGGGCUCUACUCCCUUAAGGCUCCAUUCCCCCCAGGGCUCUACUCCACACCACCAUUACUGCUCCAGAUCAACAAACUCCAAAGGAAUAUAUAAUUUUAGAAAAAAAUAUUUGUGUACAAGUUAUUUUAUUGUGUGUUAUGAUUGUUUAUUAUUUGUAUAAUUGUUUGGACGGACAAAUGAUGCCUACUUGUGGGCAAUAUUAUAUAUAUUUAUGCGUUUGUAAAUAGACAAAAGGGAAUUGUGGGUAAACUGCAUAUGAGAAUCAAGUGGGUGUCCCAAUUGACACCCUAUUCACUAUAUAGUGCACUACCUAAUGGGCCCUGGUCUAAAGUAGUGAACUAUAUAGGCAACUAUAUAGACUUUGCCCAAGUCAA